AUGAAGACCAAUACUUUCCUUUCAUUGUUGGGCCUUUCCAGCAGUGCCUUGGGUGCUGCUGUGAGCAAGGGAUCCCAAGAGCCUUUCGGGUACAAAUCUGGCUCGAAGGAGUCGGUUGCCAAUAUGAAGGACAAGAUCGAGAAUGUUGUGUGGAUUAUCCUCGAGAACCGUGGAUUUGACAACAUCCUCGGUGGUGUCAAGAAGGAAGGUCUGGACAAUGUUGUCAACAACGGUCCUUUCUGGAAUCCUGAGAGUGUCAACGACACCAACAGCAAGAAGUGGUACAGUCAAUACAAAGACUACGACUCAGUUCUUCAUGACCCUGAUCACUCGGUCACUGGAGUGAACUUUGAGCUCUAUGGCACCUACAACCCUGACAAUGAGGCUAUUGCCAAUGGCACUCUUAAGCCCAAUCUAGAAGGCUUCGUCAACCGCCAGAUGCAGGCCUACCCCAGUAUCUCGGCUCAGCGAGCUACUGAUGAGGUCAUGGGAUACUACUCCGAGGAUGAGAUCCCAACACUCGUUGACCUGGUUGACGAAUUCACGACAUUUAAUUACUGGCACUCUUGUGUCCCUGGUCCUACCAACCCUAACCGUCUUUGUGCGGUGUCUGGUACUGCCGACGGCCACGGCAAGAACGACGAGAGCUUCGAUGUCUCCGGCGUUGAUACCUCCAGUAUCUUCCAGGUUGCUUCGGAGAAGGGUAUCUCGUGGCGCAACUACGACGGCACCAACGGUGACUUCCUGCCAGACUCCAUGUUCUUCAACUGGACAGCCCAAAACGCCAAGAGCAACGUUGUGCCCCUCGAAAACUUCUACCAGGACGCAUACCUGGGUCUUCUCCCCCAAUUGUCAUACAUCAACCCAUCCUGCUGCGGUCUCAACACCAACUCCAUGCACCCCUCCGGCAACGUCUCCUUCGGACAAGUCCUCCUGAAACAGGUCUACGAUGCCGUCCGCACAGGCCCACAGUGGGACAAGACUCUGCUCCUCAUCACCUUCGAUGAGACUGGUGGAUUUUUCGAUCACGUUGCUCCCCCUCUUGCCGUCCGUCCUGACGAGAAGACCUACACCGAGACCGCUGCUGAUGGCACUGAGUACACCCUCAACUUCGACCGUCUGGGUGGUCGCAUGCCUACUUGGCUCGUAUCUCCCUACGCUCCCCGUGGCCACGUCGAGAACUAUGGAACGGAUCCUGUCACUGGCGAGUCAACUUCUUACAGUGCCACCUCGGUCUUGAAGACUCUCGGGUACCUGUGGGAUUUGGAAGACAUGAGUCCUCGUGUGAAGCACUCUCCUGCUUUCGAUCAUUUGAUCGGAACUAAGGCCCGUGGCUCCGCACCUAGCGUUCUGAAGAACCCUCACACUUUCCCUGAUGCUAUCUAA